UGUUUAUAAAUAAUGAUCUUGGCCAGGCGAUCGGUUUAGUGCGCGCCCGCAGGCCAACGCAGUUGGAACGCAUUGGAGAUUGGAAUACCAUCGCUCGCUCGCAAAUUGUCGUCACAACAGAUACAAAAUGGAGGACGAUGAGAAAAUGGACAUCAUGCGCAAGGCAUUCCAAAUGUUCGACACACAAAAGACGGGCUUCAUCGAGACGCUGCGCCUGAAGACGAUCCUCAAUAGCAUGGGCCAGAUGUUCGAGGAGAGCGAACUGCAGGCUCUGAUCGACGACAAUGAUCCCGAGGACACCGGCAAGGUGAACUUCGAUGGCUUCUGCAACAUCGCCGCCCAUUUCCUGGAGGAGGAGGACGCCGAGGCCAUUCAGAAGGAGCUGAAGGAGGCCUUCCGUCUGUACGAUCGCGAGGGCAAUGGUUACAUCACCACCUCAACGCUCAAGGAAAUUCUCGCCGCCCUCGACGACAAGCUCUCCUCCAGCGAUCUGGAUGGAAUCAUUGCUGAGAUCGAUACUGAUGGCUCCGGUACCGUGGACUUUGAUGAAUUCAUGGAGAUGAUGGCGGGCGAGUAGAGGAGCAAUCGUGUGUGCUGACAAAACAAAAAAAUCCAACCAAAAAAUCAAGCUUUUGUGUUUAAUAAUAAUUUUUUAUUAUUUUUAAAUAAAUUAACUAAACGCUUUAAUACAAACUCUAGUUCUUGUGGUCUGCGCGCAGUAAUAAUGAAACAGAAAAAAAACUGAAAGAUACAUAUCCAUCUAGUUCACAUAGUUUACUUUUUGCUCUUACAAAUCUAGCCUAACAUCUAGCUUAAGCAAGGUUACUUUUUAUAUAAUAAGAACGAUAAGAGAUAAGUUAAACGGUUACAGUUAAAGAUACAUAUAUAGUAUUUACAGAAUCGCUUAUAACGAUAAUAUAUAAUAUAUAUACUAUAUAUCUGUAUGGUUAGCGGCCUAUAAACAUCUUUGCUAUUUACACAAAACAAAAGAGCCGACACAAGUGCACUUCUCGAUAGUCCUUAAUAUAUCUCUGGAUAUACAUAUAAAUAUGUGCUACUUAUAGAGUGGGAGGAAGGCUCCUGUCUUUACGCUCUGUCUUAAGGCAACUAAUUCCGUGGAUUUUACAAAAGGCAGCAUUUACUUGCACGAAAGUCUGCAAAGUUUUUACCUAAACACUAGAUACAAACAUAACACAUAAAUACAUAUAUAUGUUGUAUGCUGAGGGGGUCGAAGAAGCAUGGGGAUCUUAAAUCGUAAAGUUAAAGCAUACAAAAGCUGGCACAAAAAGUUAAAGUAUGUUACAUGUAAAUUUCGAUUCUGAUUGAUUUCUUUUUUGUUCUCAUACUUUAUGUACAUCAUACAUACUCUCUAUAUUUCUCAAAUAGUUAAAGCAUUUUUCUAACCAAAGAUUUUUGCAGGGGGCCUUAGAAACUAGCUCCUGUUAGCUUAAGUAGUAGCGCUAAAUCUAAAUCCUCUAGCUUACAAUCAGUGCGGCGAUUAAAGUAACCCUAUAAUGUAGGCACCUCUGAAGGAUCCUCUGCUUUGCUCCGCUCAAGUA